UACAUGUAUGCAUGAAAAAUUAUAACAUAUAUGGGAUUUUAUUAAAACAGUUACAAGAAAAUGGCUUCACAAAUUGAAGAGUUUCUUGCUAAAAAGAAGGAACAAACUACAUUAUUGGAUUUACAUAACUGUACUGCCAAUUCAAAGGAAGAAUUAAGAAAACUUGUGGAAAAAGUGCCCGAAUUCAAGAUAAAGCCAGAAAAAAAAUUGAGUGAUAUUAAGAUAAGAGAAAAAAAAUUCAAAUUUAAAUUGCCUAAGAAAGAAAGUAAAAAAUCAUUUCCAUUUGCCGAGCCAACCCCGUCAGAAAUGAGAGGAGUUUCAUUAGACGAACUGUACUCGGUAAAUAUCCCAUGGAAAAUGCUUACUUCUCUUCGACCAAAAUCAAAAAUUGAUGAAGAAUAUUUUUCGAGACAAGUCGAACUGGGUACGGCCACGCUCAAGACCAGGAACGCGGAGAAAAAAACGCCACGUGAUAGUUUUCUGCGGAAAAAGAAAAAUGCGUCCGGUGGAGUUGAGUCGAAGUUUUUGUCGUGCAAAGAGUGUGGUAUCGAAUUUUGUACAGGCGAGAGCUGCAAAGUUUUCGAUUACGAUUCGUUCAAAAGGGUUGCUGUGCCUGCCGUACAAACGACCACCGAACAGACGCAAGAGCCCGCCGCUCAGGAAAAAAAGACGUCGAAAAAGAAAAAUGCUAGUAAAGGACUUAAAGUAAAAUCGCGAGGCACGGUUGCAGUAAACAUCAAAAACGGUCUGGCGAAGAAAAACGGCGAGAGAAUCAUAAUCGGCGUGAACACAAAAAAAAAAAAUUCUACUGCUGUUCCGGAUAAAUCAAUCACCGACAAGUCAUCCAACAAAAACGCCAAAAUAAUUAUAAAGGAUAAAUUACAUUCAUCGAAAGCUGAUAUAAAAGUAAUAAAGGAAAAUUCGAUUAAAAAAACACGAGUUUUCGACAA